AUGCCAUUCAAAUUAGAAGAUUAUCAAAACUACGAAUUCUUUUCCGUCAGUGAAAUUGAACAAGGAUUCAUUCAUGUCCAAUACACAAAUCCAAAAACAUUAAAUGCAUUCAGUGAACAAAAUUGGAAAGACUAUGGAGAAAUCUUAACCCGUCUUGAUCAAGAUGAAGAUACAAUUUUGAUCUUAAUCACUUCCGGUGUCCCUAGAUCAUUCUCAAGUGGAUUGAAUAUUAAGAGUGCUGCCGGACUGUUCCCAAAAGGAUUAACUACUUCAGAACUUGAGCAAUAUUUAAAGAAACAUAUUAAGGAUUUCCAAGAUUGUGUGAGUGUACCAGCCCGUAUUUCUACUCCUACUAUUGGGAUCUUAAACGGUAUCAACUAUGGACUUGCACUUGAUUUAUCCACUGCUUUCAGUAUUAGAAUUGCAGUAGAAGAUGUUAAAUUCUCAAUUGCUGAAGUCAAUAUUGGGAUUGCGGCUGAUAUUGGAACAUUACAGAGAAUCCCAGCUUUGGUCAGUAAUAAAUCGUUAUUAUAUCAACAUGCUUUAUUGGGUGAUGUAUUUGGUGCUGAAGAGGCUUUGAAAAUGGGCUUUGUUAGUACUGUUGUUCCAACUAUUGAAGAUGGUAUUGCAUUGGCUAAGAGGUAUGGGGAAAAGAUUUGUUCAGUUCCAAGAUGGGCAAUUAGAGGAACUAAACAACAUAUUCAGGAUAUGAUAAAUGGUAAUACUAUGGAACAAGGAUUAGUGGAUAUUGCUAAUUAUAAUGCUUAUCAUAUUGCCCGUUCUAAUUUCUUAGGUAAAACGCAUGCGCCUUCGACUAGAAUAGCCAAAGCAUAUGCGAAAGCUAAUGAAAUAACCCUCGCUACACAGGAUAAGACUGUUGAAAUCAAGAAUAGAUUGAUGAAGUUGGAUCGGGACAGAGAUUAUGAUACCCUUUUAAGUGUUCUUUCGACUUGGGCCAAUCACGAUAUACAUGGAAUGGUGAAGUUACUUGGAAGACACCAAUUCGCUUCAUAUGUGGGAAAACUUAUGAAUCAUAAUGCAAAAUCGAUCAUAGAUAAUGUGGCAAUCUAUCCAAUCUUGAAAUUAUUGGACAUUAAUCAGCGUCGUAUGAAACCAUCUCAAAGGUUAUGUGAUGAAAGAGAUGCAAUUACCAAUUUAUAUAAUCGAUUAUUAUAUACUGAUAAGUCUGCAUCUGUUUAUGAUGAAAAUAAUAGUACGGAUAUUUAUGAAAGUUCAAAACUUACAGGAUAUAGAUUGAUUCCCCAAGAUUAUGAAAAUUUAAUGAAAUUCGAAUUCAAAUAUCUUAAAUUAGACUUAUGUUCCAACUGGUUCAUGAUGUUCAAGAAACAAUAUGGACCCAAUUAUAUUCAAUAUAUGACUCCUAAAAUGUGGUCAUUAGUUUUUCCAAUUUAUUGUGAUGGUAAUCCAAGAUCAUGGGGUGCUCAACAAACAAAACUAGCCAAUACAUCGCAUGAUCCAAAAAGAUCCCCUUUCGAAUCUCCAAUAUCUUUCAAUGAAUUAUUAAGAGAAUUCAAUCAAGCCCAAAUUGACAAGGAUGUUGGAAUUGACUUUUAUACCAGUUUGAUUUCUUCUUUGGGACAUUCAGGAAAGCUUGAUCAACUUCAGAAAUAUGUUGCUUCACUUUGGGCAGUUGAUGCCAACGGGAAAUAUAUUCCUGGAUUACCAAAAGUAGAAAAAUAUGAUCCUAUGUAUCCAACUAUGGAACUUGUUACAACCUUAUUUUUAUGUUUUGCAUAUAAUGGACAAUUCUUUGAAGGAUUGAAAUAUGUAGAUGGCUUUCAAAAGGUUUAUCCUGAUGUUAAUAAAUUCAGUUUAAGAUCUGCAGAAGUGACAUUUUGGCAAAUGCUAUUUAAAUGGGCCGAUAUUUCCACAAGAUAUGAACCAGACCGUGCAUUACAUUUCUAUUUAAAACAAACCAAAGCUGACAUUGGAUCAAGUGGAAAUGAGAAUAUAUCACUUGAUGAAAUACAAAAGAAUGCUAAUUUCGAUUAUGAAGGUUAUUUACAAUUUACUCAAAGCUUACAUGUUCAAAGACAACGAACAUUUGAUGAAAUAUGGAAAUACCGCCAGGAAGCAGGAAUCCCAUUUUCUAAAAAGAUUUAUACAACUUAUUUGAAAACCCUAACUGAAUUAACUGACCUUAAAGAAGUCGAAACCAAAUAUUAUGCUUUUUUAACCACCUUAGCCAAGCAAUAUCACUUUUAUCACCUUUCUUCAGAUUCAUUCACUUCGAGAACUAAUUUAGGUUUCACGUCACCAUCUCAAGAAUCCAGAAACAUUCUAAUUCUUUAUGAACAGACAUUAAAGCAAUUAGUUGGACAUAAAUGGAAACACUUAUAUAUUGGACAAUGUAAACCAUUAAUUGAUGAAUGGGCCCUUGAUGAAGAAAUGAAAACUGGAUUGAAUACAUGGUAUCAAGAUGAUAUAUUACCUCAAUAUAGAGAGUAUGUUGAGAUGAUGAGAAGUGAAGCUAUGAACAGAUUGAAGGCUGAAGAAGAAGAAGAUAGUGAUUCAUUGUUGAACUUGAUGUAA